AUGACAACCUCCACUCCCUCCAGCCCGAUCGUCUUUUACGACAUCGCCAUGCGCCCCCCAGUCACAGAGACAUAUAGCGCUCCAAACCCCUCCAAAACCCGAUUCGCGCUCAACUUCAAGAAAAUCCCAUACAAAACCUCAUGGGUGCCCCUACCAGAUGUCUCCAAAGUCCGCCGCAGCCUCGACAUCCCCGCCUGUCGCCAAUUCGCCGACGGCACGGAGUUCAACACCCUCCCCAUCAUCCACGACCCCGCCACCAACUCCAUAAUCGGCGACUCAUUCGAUAUCGCCGUCUACCUGCAACGCACCUAUCCCGACUCAGGUGCGGGUGAUUUAUUGCCGCCCCAGAAACUCGACUAUGUGCUCCCGCAGGAAUUCGCGAUUCUCGUGCCGCUGACGGAGCGUAGUGGGGGUGAGUUUCCCGAGUAUGCGCGUUUCAACAAUAACGUCGAUGCGGCGUUUACUGCGCACGCGCAGCUUAUGGUCGGGGGUAUGCCGCUUGACCCGGCGACCGCUGACCAAACCAAGGCUGAAUUCGUCCGGCGGGCUGGCGUUUCGUCGUGGGAUGAUUUUGCCUUGACUAGCGAGGCGCGAGAGAAGCUGAUGGUUUCGUUCCGUGAUACGCUGGGGGGUCUGGCGAAGCUGUUUUUGAGAGAUACGAGUGGGCCUUUCCUGCUCGGGAAGCAGGCUAGUUAUGCGGAUAUCAUUGUUGGGGGGUGGUUAAGGAUGGCGCGGGUGAAUCUGCCACAGGGUGAGUGGGAGGAGGUGAGGAGCUGGCAUAGUGGGGUAUUUGGGGGAUUGUAUGAUGCGCUAGAGGUUUAUAUGGAGGCAAAAUAG